AAAUUUGGCUGAAUUAUAAAAAGGCAGAAGUAGUAAAACGAUGAGCCGUUUGGUGAGCCGAAAGAGCCGGCUCUUCUUGGUGAGCUGAGCCAAAUGAUCUGGCUCACUAAAAAGAGCCGGAAUUCCCAUCACCACUAGCUUUAGCUAGCUGGCUUCGAGGGGGGAAGUAUUACUGUGCUGCACAUUUCCUGUUUCCUAGCAACAAGAGCAAUGUGGAAACGGGGAUGGAGGAAAAAAAAGACAAUUGGUAAAAAAAAAAAAAGGGGGGGUUGUCCUUUUUACUCAAAAAUAACGUGUUUUAAAAUAAUGAAUGAACAUAUAUAUCUUCGGAGGCUGGCUGUGAAUCCGUACCGCUGCAGACACACACAGGAGGGUCCAUAGCAAUAAAAGAAAAGAAAAAGAAAAAACAUACAAGACAGCAGUUCAUCAUUCAAUUCCUAAUCUCAAUUUGCCUGCUUCUCCUAAAUUCAAGUCACUCUGCUAAUUGUGUGGAACUGGUUCUCAACAUCUUCUGCCGCGUUACCUCCGUGGACACUCUUUGGACCUUAUUAUAAACAACUUCUUUGUAUAUGGAAAACAAAGACAUCUAAUGCAUUUCCCUCCUGCAUAUUCAUACACUCUGUGUCUGGUGCACUUCAUUCAAUUGCUAUCCUGUAAUGGCAGUGCAAGACCCUGGCAGGACAACAGGUUUUCCUUGCAAACAAUGUGGCACGGUAUGUCCCAAUAUGCCCACUCUGCUCGAGCACAUGGAUGCUCACCUUCAAGAAGAGGAAGAACGUAAAUUUAAAUGUGAUGAAUGUGGACGUGGUUAUAGGCAUGCUGGGAGCCUAGCUAACCACAAAAAGACACACGAAGUGGGUUGUUUUCAAUGUAACAUCUGUGGUAAAGAAAACUCUAAUGCUUUGGCCCUGAAGAGUCAUCUCCGGAGCCACACUUCGCAGAAAAAGUACACCUGUGCCGAAUGUGGGAAAGCUUUUCGUCUGGCAACACAGCUGGCUACACAUGAGAAGGUUCAUCUCGCCAGGCGAGUAAAGGAGCAGUCAUAUAGGAAGGUAGACAUGGAGUAUCCCACACAUGAAAUUGAAAAUGAUCACCCACAUCAACUCGAUGAGCAGUCGGCCAGUGUCGGGAUUUCUACAGAAAAUAGCCCAGCUGUCGACAAGACGGAGGUUGUUUAUAGUGCACAAUCUGAGACCUCUGAUGAUGCAACAAAUCGACCUUUCAGAUGUGACUUGUGUGACAAAUCAUACAUACACCAUCGAAGCCUGACCAAUCAUAAGAAGACUCACCAAGUGGGAAUGUUUGAGUGCACCGUGUGUUUCAAACUGUUCAAUAACAUGGCUGCCCUCUACAGCCACCAGAGAACUCACAAGACGAGAAGCACGACAGACCCUGGUCCAAUGAGUGGGUCGUACACAGGCACACCACUUGACCAGUUUUCACCUCAGAGCCAAGAUGCUCCGGUAAAUUUUUGCCAUUUGUGUCAGGUACUAUUCCCCAAUGAUGAAGAGUUCCAGGAACACAUCCAAAUGCAUAACUCUUCAUCUCUGUCAUUUGGGCUUCAAGAUACCAUGUCAGAGAACCACAAUAUAUCAUAUGACAACAGUAUUGCUUCGCCUGAGUCAAAUUUUUAUGCAUCUCCUAUAAAUAAUGUUCCCUCAGUGUCAUCAAUAGAUAAUCAUGGCGGCUUUGAUCAGCCACAGGAGCAGAUUAGAAGUAACGGUCAUGUGUACUCAGACUGUUCCAAUAAUCAAACACCACCUUCCAAUAGCACUCAGGGAGAACCCCCAAUCAUAAACACAAGCAUUCUCAAUCCCACCCUGACGCACACAGAAAACACUGACAAUGCAACUGAAAUGGAAGAGACUUCAACUGUAGAUACUGAUCGUCCCUUCAAGUGUCAAGUCUGUGGUAAAAGCUACCGGCACUCUGGGAGCCUCAUCAACCACAAAAGGUCACAUCAGGUCGGGAUUUACCAAUGUUCCAUCUGCAGGAAGAGCUAUCCUCACCUGGCCGCCCUCAAGAGUCAUCUUCGUCUCCACAAAGCUCAGUCUUCAUCUUUUGGCCUCAACGCUGAGGGAGACUGGCUCUCCUCAGAGCCUCUGACUCUAGAUAACCAACAGGGCUGCUUCUCUUCUCAAGACGAGGAGGAUGACGGCACUCCCUCUUUGCUUGGUAUGGAUCAGGAGAAUGGAGUUGACCACAGCAAUGGAGCUUUGUACCAUGAGCAGUUUAAUCAGGACUUUUCCCAGGAUAUGACUGUGCAUCUACCUCACAAUGAACACCUGAUGCAGAGGCACAUGUGUGCAGACUGCGGUGAGACAUUUGCAAAUAUUGCAGGGAUUAAGUCUCACAGUUGCCCACUGCUACAGCAGCAACAUGGCACUACUAGCAGUGACUAUGACAGUAAUAUGAAUUUCCAGGACAGUAAUGGUCACUGUGUCAUUGGAAAUCCAGGGAGUAAUGUAGAGUUCCAUGGUCUGAAUGGUAGCCACGACCAAAGUUACUUCGAACAGAACUUUCAUGACAAUAUGAGCAGUGAUCAGCUGAAUGGUGGCGGAGAAGGUGAUAAUGCUGACGAGGAGGAGGAGGAUGAUGAUGGAGAUCUUUAUCAGUGCUCUAUAUGUGGAAACAGCUACACCAGCAUGAGGGCUCUCAGGAGCCAUCUCCGGGGUCACACACAGUCCCAUGGUACUCCUGCAAGCUCAGGGCCUUCCUCCAUGUCCUCCCACGAAGAAGUGAAAGAUGAUGAGCCCGGAGAGAUGAUGAUCUGUAGCACAUGUGGGGAAAGUUUUGCCAAUAGGCAGGACUUGACCACUCAUCAGCUUCUCCACAAAAAGGACCAGGUAGAGAAUGUAAAUCAUUUACAUAUGAACAACAGCGGCGUGUCCGGAGGCAAGGAGGAAGCACAGAGUAUCAUCUGUGGCAACUGUGGCAUCUUCUGCACCAGCUACCAUCAUCUUGAGAGCCACGGUUGCACAGCUGAGAGGACUGAUGAGUCGUCACACGGCAAAGAGGAAAUGAAAGUAAAUGAUGUUACCCAGCGUGAAGACACGAGUCGUAUCACAGAAAGUGUUGAUACCGAAGAUCGUCAGUACAAGUGUGAUCAGUGUGGGCGUUCGUACAGACACGCCGGCUCCCUCCUUAACCACAAAAAGUCCCACAAAACGGGUGUAUUCAGAUGCCUCGUCUGCCAAAAGCGCUUCUACAACCUGUUGGCCCUUAAAAACCAUCAGAGGUCUCACUUUGAUAUUAAGAGGCAUACUUGCCAUGAGUGUGGGAAAGCCUUCAAAAUACAGAAGCAGCUAUUGAAUCACCUGAGAAGGCACAAAGAGAACCAAGCCAAAAUCCAGGAUCUCAACAACCAGAUCCAGGCCCUCAUGCAGAUGAAUGGGACCAGGUCAGAUGGAGGAAUGCAGUCCUUAACUUCAAAUGCCAAUCAGGCUUUUUCUUCUCCUCGACGCUGCAAGCAACUGCCUGGAGGGAAGAGAGGACAAACAAAGUGUGAGACCUCAGUCAAAUCAGAGGACGCAGGUGACCAACGGCCUUUCGCAUGUGACCAGUGUGGACGUACAUAUCGCCACGCAGGAAGUCUAGUCAACCACAGAAACUCUCAUAAAACAGGUGAAUAUUACUGCUCUGUUUGUAACAACACUUACUCCAAUCAACUCGCAAUGAAGAACCACUUGCGCACCCACUUUGCAUAUAAAAAGCACUCUUGCCAAAACUGUGGAAAAGGCUUUAGGGGAAAGAAGCAGCUAUCAGCCCACGUUUGUGCAGACGUCAGAAAGGAAGGGGCAGGAGUCAAGAGGAGCCUAAAAUCUAGAGCCUUUAAGUGUAAAGAAUGUAAGCAGACCUUUCUCUCUGUUGACCAACUGACAGCCCACACCUGUGAUGCGCCGUCAGGCAGCAGUGAUGCACAAACAAAUAAAGAGGAGCGGCCUUUCACAUGCAACAUAUGUAAUCGCAGCUACCGCCACGCCGGCUCACUCCUGAACCACAAAAACACCCACAAGACCGGGCACUUCAGUUGCACCUUCUGCUCUAAGCCCUUCACUAACCCCAUGGCUUUACGUAAUCACACACGCAUCCAUACGCAGAAGAAAAAGUAUGUGUGUCUCACAUGCGGAAAGGCCUUCCGCCUCGCCAGUAUCCUGCAUAACCACCAGAGGGUCCACAACCGGGUGGCGAGUCACUUCAGCUGUCCAGCAUGCGGAAAGAGCUUCCAGGGCAGGUCCGGGCUGAAGAGGCACCGCUGCCGCAGAGGUCAGGAGAACUCCCCGAGAGCUGGAGUCCAGCAGUCCGAGAGGGGAGACAAGUGCUUCAUGUGUGACCUGUGUGGGCGCUCCUACCGCCACGCUGGCUCUCUCCUCAACCAUAAAAAGACCCACUCCGAAAACCUCCACCACUGUACCUUGUGUCUCCAGACAUUUCCUGAUCCUCUCACUCUACAGAUACACUCCCAGAUGAGGCGUCACUGCUGCCCUGAGUGCGGCAAGACCUUCUGUUUGGUCGCGCACCUGCAGAGCCACAUGGAGGUGCACUCAAAGGACCAGUCCGUGGUCUGCAGCCCCUGCCAACAGAGCUUUCCCAACACAACCACCUACCAGCAGCACCAGGACAUGCACCACGGGGCUCAGGACCCCUAUCAACAAGGCGUGGAUGAACCUGUAGAUAACAACGUCUGCUGGGACUCAGGAAUAAAUCAGACCAUGGGGAUAGAUGGGAUGCACAAGCAGGUUCCACCACCUUUGUCCCAUAUUCCAGGAAGCAUCGCUAAUUCACAGAAGAGUAACGAGUCUGCUGGCACGGAGGAGAAGAGCCACGUCUGCGAGCACUGCGGCCGCACUUACCGCCACGCCGGCUCCCUCCUCAACCACAAGAACAGCCACAAGACGGGCUCCUUCUUCUGCUCCGUCUGCCAGAAAGAGUUCACCAACCUGAUGGCUCUCAAGAACCACCGGCGGAUUCACACGGAGCCAAAGCGCUACCAGUGUCUGGAGUGUGGGAAGGCGUUCCGCGUGUCCACUCAGCUCAUAUGUCACCGACGAAUCCACACCAAAGAGAAGCCCUUCGCCUGUCUGCUGUGCGACAAGAGCUUUUCCAGCAAGUCCAACCUGCGGCACCAUCAGAAGAUGCACCAGAACACCCAGACCUACGACUCCUCUUUCAGUAUGGAUGCUAACGCGUUUAUGGACUUGGACAUGGGAUCUUUCCUUUGAAGCCAGAGCGUACAAGAGAAGAGGACAGGCGGUCCUCUUAUUUAUCAGUUAUUCAUCCCUCUAUCAAUAAUUGUAAAACAGUAUUUUUUUUUUCAGAAAGUGCUCCUUGGUCCUGACAGAAGCUCAUUUGAAGACAUGCACAUUUCAUUACCGACUUCCAGUCUUACCUCCAACACACUCAAAAGUCUCCAGAGGGUCUAUCGGUCAGCUUUUAAUAAGGCCUGAAUGUUUUCCAAGAAUACGCAGGAUCCUAGAAUACAAGGAGGCUGAUGAAAAUAUUAGUCGCCACUCAUUCCUCAAUGACAAACCACCCAACCAAAGUGAACAGAAAAGUGCAGCCCAGGUCCAUGUAAAAUCAUUAACACUGAUAAGUACUGUUCUAACGGCGAUCUCUCCUCUCUUGCUAUGUAUAAUUGUGUUCAGUGCCUCUGUAAGUUCCUUAGGAAACAAAAUAUACAAACUAUAUUUAUCUCUCGAUUCUUUUCGUUAGCUUUGCCGUCAGUGUCAAAGGACUGCUCACUUUCCUUUUUGGAUUUCACAUAGGGCAAGCCUCUUAUUAAGUCAAAUACCUCUGGGGUGUGUCCAAAGGUCUGGGGCAAAGUGAUUUUCUGAAAUCAUAGUAUCAAGUAAAUAGUCGUACUGCUAAUAAUAUUCACGUUGAGUGACAUCGUAUGCUAAAAAUUGAUGUUUUUAUUAAUUUAUUCCUGUUAUUUUAUGUGCAUAUUUUAUUAGAAAAGCUUUUUAUGAAUGUUGUAAAAAUCGGUCUUCUAAAAACUCAUGUAGCCUUUAAGGAACGUUAUCAGUCGAUUAGUAUUUACUAGGGCUGUCAAUCGAUUAAAGUAUUUAAUCACAAUCAAUCCCAUGAUUGUCCAUAGUUAAUCGCAAAUUAGUCGUCCAUUUUUUUAUCAGUUCAAAAUGUACCUUAAAAGGAGAUU